CCACAGCGCUCCAACCACACUCUCAUAGUAUUCAGUUUGGCUGCUGGUUGCAGAUCUGGCUGGAAAGACAAUAUUCAGCUUCCUUUUCAAGCAAUGGAGGAUAUAUAUGUUAAUGUUCAACGUGUCAAACCUGUUCCCCAAAUUCCUGCACCAAAUUACCCAGGUUCAAGCAGCUCUGAGAAGAGGCUCUAUUUAGGUAUUAUUAUUGCUUUUGGGCUCCUUAAUGUUUCCCUCCUGGCUGGACUGGUCGUCCUUGGUGUCUACUAUCAUAACACAGGUGAUAUGGCAACAGGUCUCAGCGCCAGUGGCAAUCAGACCGAGUGUCAACAGGACGACAAUAAGAGGUUGUCAUCUCUGAUUGAGGAGAGAAACCAGCUGAAUGCCAACCUCACUGCAAUUACUCAAGAGCUGAUGAAGCUUCGAGAGUCAACAUGUCCCACAGGAUGGAUAAUGCCCGGCGUUUCUUGUUACUAUUUCUCUAACGAAGCCGGUUCCUGGGAUGAAGGCAGGAGGGACUGCAUUCGCAGAGGAGCAGAUCUGCUAGUGAUGAACAACGCAGAAGAGAAGACAUUCCUUGCUGCACUCAUCAAGCAGGAAGCUUGGAUUGGUUUAAAUGAUAAAGAAACUGAGGGCUCCUGGAAAUGGGUUGAUGGAACCUCCCCAGAGUUCAAGAACUGGCUGGGCUCUCAGCCUGAUAAUGGAGGAACAAGUGGAAGAUGGGGUGAGGAGGACUGUGUAUGUGUCAAUAAGGACGGCAAAGCGUCUUGGAACGAUUUUUCAUGUGAUGCUGCUAAACACUGGAUCUGUGAAAAAGUACUGAAACUGGCUGUUUGAAAAAAAAGUCUGCAUGUAUAAUGUUUUUGAUUUUAUUCUUGAGUUUUAAGUAUUCCCUAUCUAAAGAUAAAGCUUUUAUAAAGUGCUUUAAUAGUCCUGCUUCUAGUUACAAUGAAUUUAAAUUUUACAAUAAACUCUAUUUUCUGCUUUC